GCAGUUCUAUUAUAUGGUAAAUGAAUAGAAUCCAAUACUAGUUUUUUAGGUAAAUUGGAUUUAAGAAUGCCCGAAAAAAAAACGAAUGGCUCGAUUGAAAGUAGACAUUCGAAGAAAUACUAUUAGUUUGAGCAGAGAGAAUUCUUUCACGUCGCUAACCACACGCAAUGGAAUGAAAUCGGCCUGAAAUUCUAAAGUAUGUGAGGAAAGGGUAAAGCGGAUUAACUAUGUGCAUAUUCAAUUCAGCUUAGUGAUUGACGUAUUUGGAACGCGGUAAACAAGCGUCGAAUUGAGUUUGCGUAAGAGUUGAAUGUUGAGAGAAGAUGUUGAAUAAUUUCGGUGGUGCGCAUCCAAACCAAUACCGGGGGAAAUAACUGAACCUUUUACUGUUACAACAAACAUGCGAAGAAAUAUAUCGGAAUAUAAGUUCCUGACUUGUAGCAGACGGGCUUUUGUCCGAUUGUGUUUCGCUGGGGAAAGAGUGUUUAAUAUUUUUCCUAUGUUAUGAUUUUCGACGUUAUUUGAAUAAAAAUUAUGUCAAUAAUUUUGUUUUUUAUGAGUUUCGACGUUACUUGAUAUUAUUCACUUCUAUAUGUUCAGUACUUCUUAGUUUGCCAUAAACGCAAACUAAAGUAUUCAUAAUCUCACUAUUUUGUGAGGGUCGCGAUCAUUUGCGGCCACUCUGGAAACGUCAUCACGUCGUGUGAAAUAAGUUGUUUAAGAUUGCAAGGAUACAAUGAAUCUCGCACCGAAUGGUCACAGGGCCAAUUCUACGGACACAUCACUUGAUCGCCAUCGAAGCUCCGAGAGAAGAUCUGAAAUACAAAAUGAAAAAAAUCGUCAAUCAAAGAGGCAGCUGACAGCGAUUGAAGCGGAUGGAACUAUCAACGCAAGGAUAGGAGACGCACCAGGUCAAAAUUGCAUCUACAUUGUCUCUGGUCAGCACAAUGAAGAAUUCUAUCGUUUAGGAACAUUCGCACAAUUUCCUCUAAACGUUCCAAUUAAACCACCAGAUUUGGCCGAAGCAGGAUUUUAUUUCACUGGCUUUAGAGAUCGUGUAAAGUGUUUUAGUUGUGGAAUCGGCGUUGAAAACUGGAUUGUGGGUGAUUACGGUCUCGAUCAAAAAUGGCACAAAGAAGAUUGCAAAAUGAAGUACGGACACGAUACUACCAAUAUUCCAAUCCCAAAGCCCAACUUCAGGAGUUUACUUCGACAAUAUUUGGGCGAACACAAACCUGUACAAGGAAUCGAUAGUCGUAUAUUGGGUCACAGAAAUUAUUCCCAAGCAUCGUCUUCAAAUAACGACAUUACGGAUGUAACCUCGAAUUUUAGAGGAAUCGAAGUUGGUGGACAUUACCCCUCACUCAUUUUGGCCAAUAUUGUUGCGCCGGAACAUAAAGAGUUCAUAAUGAGAAUAAAUUUGAAAUGCGAAGCAGAACGAAGGCAAACCUUCGCGAAAUGGCCGACAUAUCCCGCGCCUUUAUUACCAAGUGAGUUAGCCAAGCAAGGAUUGUUUUACUUGGGUAAUUUAGACCGGGCUCAAUGUUUUUCAUGUUCCGGUGUAUUGCGUAACUGGUCUCAAACUGAUGACGUUUCUGAACAACACAGAAAACAUUUCCCAGAAUGCAGAAUGGUUCGACAAGUACCAUCUGGCAACAUACCAAUGACAGAUCAAGAGAGACGGGAUGCCGAUGAAGCCGACCAGAGAAGAAUCGCUCAACUUGCUCCAUCUAACCCUGUUGAACCGCCAGACCCAUCCGAGGAGGAGCAAAGAUACUUGGCCGAGCAUUUUCCAUGUCGCCAUCCUGCGAACCCUCACAUGAGAGAAUACCAGUUCAGACUUUCUACAUUUGAUCAAAAUUGGCCAAAUAGAAUUCGCGCAACCCCUGAACAAAUAGCCAAAGCGGGAUUCUUUUUCUUAGGGGACAAAGACAGAACGAAAUGUUUUUAUUGCAACGGUGGUCUGCAAAACUGGGAAGAAAACGACGAGCCAUUUACUGAACAUGCAAGGUGGUUUCCAGGAUGUGAAUUCGUCCUGAAAAAGAAAGGACAUGAGUUUGUACGUCGAAUAGCUGAACAAGAUCCAAACUUAAACAGACCUACGAUUAGAAAUGCUGUUUCCUAUGAUAUUCCACCAAUGAGAUGUGGAGCGAUGUCAAACGUCGGAACAGCAAGCGGUCAACCAGUUAUUCAUGCGAAGCAGGGUGUUCCAAUUGAACCAAAUACUGUUUCGUCUACAAAUGAAGCGAGUGCAUCUUUACUUCCAGGUGAGGACAUUGCAAAGAAUUUGCUGGAAAUCAAGAAACAAAAUCUUUGUCGAAAGUGCAAGACGAGGAAUGCUGAAAUUGUCAUGCUACCGUGCGGUCAUCUGUGUUCGUGUGAAGAGUGCGCAAAGAAAUCAGAAAAUUGUUUCAUAUGUCACAGACGUGUAACAGACAUACUUAAAACGUAUCGAGCAUAAAGUUAUGAGAAUGUAAUCGGUAGAUGAUGUGAGAGCGUGUGGUAUAGUAAAAAGCGCUUUGCUCAAACUAGGUUUGGCAUUGCAGGUUGGAAAUAUCGAAUAGCAUCGAAGGUUGUCCAACCCAGAUAUAACACCUCAUUCGAGAAUAUACAAUUGAUUGAUUGUGUUAAAUGCGUCGAUAUAUAAGCAAUUAAUAAUUAAUUAAUGUCUAUCGCUGAAAGAUAUUGAUAUAUGCUUCGUAAUUCAAUGCAUGCCAAGCAUUUUGCUUCUAAUCAUACUAUGUUUUAUCAAACCAGACUCGUCAAGUACUGACACUGUGAUACUUAUUCAUUUUAGUUAGCUAUUGUAUUUUUUUUAUUACAUUUGCGAAAAGGCAAUUCGAGUAAUAUGGUAUUAAUUUGUAAUUAAAUGCAUAUACUGAA